GCGCAAGUGCAACCCCUCGCCGCCUCGACCGCCAACAUGGCAUCGGAGGAGGACAAUGCUCAGCUCAUUGCUGCACAGGCGCACGAGGCCUUUGAAAAGCACGAAUAUGACCGCUGCCUCAAGCUCACCGAGCAACUCGAGCAAGCUUACAAGGGCAAACCCGUGCAACUUCUCAAGCUUGAGCUCAACCGAGCCGUCGCUGCCUUUGCGCGCAACCCGCAAGGCGAUGAUACUAAACUGAUCGAGGCCCUUAAAGAUCUGGAUACUAAGGCUCAAGCCGCCGAGUCGGAGACAGGCAAGGACUUGCGCGAUCUCCGUGGCCUCAUCGCCUACAACGAAAGCGUACUACAUCAAAGGGCAUAAGCGGUUUGAUCAAGCCCAGACCCGCCUCGCUACCGUGGCCCCAGACGUCCGCCUCGCCGACGAGACAACCACUGCACUGCGCGCGAUGCUUUUGAUCGACAUUCUCAUUCAACAGGGCCAGCCGGAACAAGCACGACAGGCUCUGGCCCAACUUGAAGCCGCACUACGUCCCAACGACGGUGAUGAAUCUGCGACGAGCAAAGGCAACACCUCCUCUGGACCCGAGACAACUGAUGCGGGCACUGACCUUGCCACGGGCACUGUGGACCAGGACUUGGAGGCACUGCAUAACAAACUCUCCCAGCUCCGCGCACGCCUGCACCUCUUGACCCGCAACAUGAAAGCGUGUAAACGUGAGAUCAAGGCAACCCUGAACAGUCAGACCAAGAACAUCACGGCCCUGGUCUUGCGGGCCUCGUACGAAUAUCUGCGAGGCAAUUGCCGCAAAGCCAUCAAAUUGCUCAACUCGUGGCCCGUUAAAGAUCUGGAGGCGGCGCGUCUUGAUGAGCUUGGCAUCACGUAUUACAACAACAUGGGUUGUGUCCACCUCAAGAUGGGCAAGCCUUCGUUGGCACACCUAUAUUUUGCACAGAGUCAGGACGCGCACCGGCAACGGCAAGCAGCAAACCCACCUCUCCAACCACACGAAGACCAUCGCGCUGAACUCGUUUUUAACGAAGGACUUGCCCUCUUCCAGCUGCAUCAAUAUAUGGCUGCUCACGAGCGCUUUACCAUGGUAACGCCGUGGCGUGCCUCAUCCCCUCACCACUGGGUGCGGUUGGCUGAAUGUUGUAUCCAUGCCUGCUGUGAGGCCACACGUGCAAGGGCUGCGCCCACGGGUAACACAAUGGUGGGUGCUGCUGAUCACCGCAAGCUCCUCCACCAGCCUUUUGAGCCAGCACGUCUGGCUGAAGCAUCAGACGAGCUGUCGCUAGACAAUGCCGCCAGCCACCUCACUUGGGCGCUGCACCUGGCCACUGAGCUCCAGAAUAGUUUGGCAAACAAAGAUGAGCCGAAAAUGCCGGCAGCGUAUACUUUAGGCACACUACAAGGGCCUUUGGAUGCGGGCGAGCUGACCCGACUCAUUCUCCAUGGGCAGCUAGAGAUAGAGCGAGAGGGAGUGUGUCUCUUAUCUCUGUCUCUGUCUCUGUCUCUGUCUCUGUCUCUGUCUCUGUCUCUGUCUCUGUCUCUGUCUCUGUCUCUGUCUCUGUCUCUGUCUCUGUCUCUGCCUCUGCCUCUGUCUCUGUCUCUGUCUCUGUCUCUGUCUCUGUCUCUGUCUCUGUCUCUGUGUGUGCCUCGGUAUGCAUGCAACGAUUUCAUCCACAUCCACAUGCUCUUGGCCUUUGUGGCAGUGGAGGCUGGCAACUACAUGGAUGCCGUGUCACAUGGUCGGCAAGUGCUCGAGGCGGAUGGUGCUUCAAGCGCCGUAAAAGCCCAUGCCCAUCUCUACAUGGCUCAAGCUCUAGCGCAAGCAGAUCGGCUAGAGGAGGCUCUUGCACACGUGGAUCCGGAAAGGCUUGGUGCGUUGCACGCGGAAUCCACGAAAUUGGCUGCCGAUGAGCACGAUGAUGACGGUGGCGACACCGCUGCUCAUGCGACGGGCAGCCAGGAGCAAGCGUACACUGUCCAAUCAGAGUUCCCGGCCCAAGCUCUCCUUAGCCUGGCGGCCGUUCACUGCCGGCAACAGGCCUACACGACAGCGCUGACGUGCGUACAAAAGGCCAUGGCCCAAAUCACCACACCAGCCACUCUGAACCACGCCGUCGGCUUGCUGGUGCAUUGCCAUUUGGCCCUUGACAAGCCUGAUGAGGCCCUGCGUGUGGCCCGCCACCAUCUGAUGGGUGGUGAACCAGUCAUUUACCCCUGAGCUUCUCCGACUAACAGUACAGCCUGAUUCUCUUUCCGUGUCCCCUCUUCCUUUGCAAUAAUUACGACGAUGAACCGUGGUUGCCCGACCCAUUUUGUGAGCAAGGUUCUGUGCACCCCCUGGUUAAAUUUGAGCAGAGUGCCUU